CGAUACUCAACAUAUAGUUUAUGGGCGCUGGUCAUACCGCAACUAGCUAGUCCUUUGGGAAGUGAGGCCUGCCAUCAUACUCGAAGCCGUAGCCGCAGGGCAAAGAUUACCCACAAAGCUGAUCUGGCAAAGCUAUUUCUAUCACUCACAUACAUAAAGAGGCCCUUAACUGUUAACGUGCGUUGUACCCGGGGGUCGGUGCCGGCGAGUCGACAAGCUGCUGAGUGCUGACGGCAACACUACUGCUAGCGCAUAGCACUUCACCGUGUACCUGACGUCGGUUAUUGUUUGAGUUUGGAGGUUGACGGUGCAAGGUUAAAUCUCCAACUGUCAUCAGCACAGCCGUAGGACCCAUAAGACCCAAGAACAUGGCACCCCAGGGUGCAACACGGUGAGCAUUUGGACGGCACACAUUAUAGACACACAUUUGACAUAGAUAAUUGACAGUGUUCGGAAUGACACAGCGAAUAACUUGACAACCUUUCCUGUUUUGAACCACUACAGCCAAUGGUGGCUCCCCUCUACCUGACAUGGACCUGCUCCAAGCUGUCAGCCUUGCAGCCGUAUUUACGGUAUCCGGUUUGGCGCUCCAGAAGCGCCGUCGGGCUCGAAACAAGAGGAAACAACCUAAGACUUCACCCUGCGGAGCUGUCGCAUCGAAGCCAACUGUCAAGCUGAUGGCAGGCUGCAGUUCCAGCCUUCGGUCAUGGGACCUAGCGGACGCACCCUACCGGGAGGCGGAGGAUGCUGCGGAGGAUGAUUCCUUUUAUCUGCCUAUGCCACCCGUUAUGGAUGCCCAGGAUGGACUCCGCACCCCUUGCGGUCUGCACACCCCCACGUGGUCGCGUCCAACCGCACACUGCUGCUCCUCUCCAACCGCUACCCCGCCCUCACCCCGACACGGGCUCCGACACCUACACGAAGCAUCAUUCUAUGACGACCACGACCACGACGGCGACUUCCUCCUGCAGCAGGCGUACGACAGCUGUUGCGAGCCGGCUGACGUGGACGCCGCAUUGGCCUCCACGGAUGCUGUAGCCGCCGCAGCUGCAGCCGCCUCGGCUGAUGGAGUGGUGGUGCUGGUGCAGAGGCUGGGGCAGACGCCAGGGAAAGCAGCAGCUGCAGAGGCUGCUGCGCUUGACGACUCUGUGUACUCUUGCACUUCUGCUCCUCUACCGCUACCUACCACUCUUAGUGACGGAGGUGUUGUGCCUGUGGCUGCUGAAGCAGCAGCAACGGGAGCAGCGGCCUCAACUGAAGGUGACAUAGAUGAUGACAUUGGCGAGUACGACCAGGAAGGAAAUGGCGAUGGUGAUGCCGAGGUUGUGGACAAGGGCGUUUCUGUGUCAGCGACACCGCAGCGGUCGUCGUCAUCCGCAGGGGCGACUAGGGACCCAUGUCGGGGCGCUAAUGGACCCUCCGUGCCUGCCGCUGAUGGCAAUGACGAGGCUGUAGCACCUGCUGCUGUGGUUGAGGACGAUACACUGGCAGGCGGUGUUGCAAGCGACAGCAACUGCUUGAGAGCAGCAGCUGCUGCAGCCCCCUCGCCUGACGGCGAUGCUGCGCACGAGUCUCCAUCGGAGGACACGCUGGCGGCUGCCUCCAUCUGGGCUUCAGUGGCGGCUGCGGCUGCUGCGGAUGCGACCUCGACAACCGACGCCCAAUCGGUCAUACCCAUUGAUGUUGCCGCUGCUCCAGCCGCCACCACAACCAGCGACAUUGACUUGGACGGCGCCGCCGAAGCUGCGGCCGUCGCCAUGACAGGUCCUGAGGACGUGGACGAAGCAACCGAGGGCUGCGAGCAGCAGCUGCUUUCCUCCCCGGUCAUCCACAGCAGGACCAAACGCCUCGGCGUAAGGCCCCUAACGCCGCCAGUCUCGCUGCUUACCCCCGCAGCGACGGCAGCAGCAGCUGGCGAUUCCGAGUCCCUCUGCCACAGCCCCACCGUGACCACCGGCGCCCGCUCGCAGCCCUUCCGCUCCUACCUGUCUCAAUCCAUGUCGUACUUCUCACCCUCCGCUGCCCCGCCGCCGUCACUCCCGCGACCGCCGCCGUCGCCCAUUAGCACCCUCCGCUCCACUGGACGCAACCUCUACGGCGAUAGUGCUAACAACGAUUGUAGCGGCAACUGUGGGAACAGCGCUGGGAGCAAUGCCGGCGCGAGGCUCAGUGUUGGCGGCAGGAGCAGCAGCGGCGGCGGUGGUGGUGGUGGCAUUAGCGCUGCUUCGGCUGUCGUCUCCUUGCGAGGCGCUGCCAGGGUGGCAAACGCGUCGCGCUUGGUUCCCUCGCCGUCGGUUCGUGCGCGUGCCGCCGAGUAUGAGGAGCAGUUUCGGAGCAGCCUCUGUGUAAGCCAGGCCGGACCCACGGGUCACCUGACGAGCCCCUCACCUGCCCGCUCUAGGAGCCUUGUUUCCUGCAGCCUGAGCUGGGUAGACACGCUGACCAUUAGCAGCGGCGGCACCAGCAACAGCGGUAGCAACACUGGCGGCAGUAACGGUGGCGGCAACGGCGCUUGCAGCAUGGGCAACAGCAGGUGCCAGAGCCCCUGUGUCACUCCGCGUGCGGAACGGUGUGAGGAGCUCACUACGGAAGCGGACGAGGAUCUGCUGGAGGAGGGUUGCGACGGCGGCGGCGGGGCCAAUUCUGGGGGCAGCGGCACUAAGGGCUUCCUGGCGGUGGCUCGGGCGUCCUUGCAGGACCCCUUGUCUACCGCCCGGAGGACUGCGAAGCCCAACUUGCCACCCAUUGCGGGCCUGUGAAGCGAGGAAUGUGAGACCGCAUGCAAAUGCACAUGUGUGUCUGUUGCCUCGUUCCUUGGGGCCUGCAGCCUAUUCCGCUGAUGGGUGAGAGGUACACAAGCACCUCCUACUGACGUUAGCUUCUACCUGUUGUUCUUAUAGCGCCGUUGUACGGCCCCUGCCCUGUGACCGUGUACGAUGCCUGACGUGGCCAUUACUACCGUUAUUCUGACACAUGACUUGGCAAAUGACAAAUGUGAGUGUGCUGACCGAGGGAUUGUUGUUUCAUUUAAGCUGUAUCGCUCGACGUAUGCAGCUGACGGGACGCGUGUGUCUGAAUGGGUGUUUCACAGCAGGCGAAUUGCCACGUCAGCGGGUCGAACGCCCAAACCCCCAGUGCUCCCAAAACACGGCCCGAAUACCAUAGUUUUCUCAGGCAAGACACUCGCAUAUAUAACGUUGUCCAAGCGCAUGUCCGCGCAAGGGGCCCACAACCUUGUUUGACCUAAUCUCGGACUAGUAUAAAGGUGUAGACGUACGGCACAUGUGAUUCACUGUUAUAGCUUAUUAAUUCCUUAACAGAUUACGAACAUACUCAAUGCAGUGUCUUGAAAUUUGUGCGGUGCCAUUGUCGUGAGCUGUGGCGUGUUAAGGUGUCAUGUUGACUGGUUGGACUGCCGCUGCUGUGGUAGCUUUGUAAACGUAGUUGGUCUUUUUCAGAGGUCUUAAGUUGUGUGAACACAUGCCAAAUGCACGUAAGUGUUUUGGAAAUACUGCUAAUUUGAGGGUGGACCUUUUGUUGGGAGCUGUGCUUUAAUGCGUAGAGGAGUGCUUACUAAUAGACGGAUAACCAUGUGGGGACACGAUGUGCCUUUCGUAUGUGACAGACGGGAUGCGUGUGCACGCCAACGGAACAACAAGUCAGAGUAUUGGAAGGUUGUGCCGACCAAGCCUUUCUGUACCUUUCCACUGGAAUUGUUGUGUGGCAAAGUAUCAUGUGGCCAUAACGACUAGACGGAUAAGGCAACGAGCGGGACCAGCACUUGACGGUAGCAAACGUGUGUGGGUACUGCAUGGCAAAUCAUGUCUGUACGGAGCGGGGCUGUUUGGUGUUGUGGCAGCAGACACGGCAUCAUGGCUACUCUUAUACGAGGUUUAGAUAUUGUUGGGAUGUGUGUGGGCAUUCAUGUUGAGUAAAGGCCACGCCGUAUAAUAGUAUUUGCUUCCCAAGGCGUGGUGCAAGUCGUAGUGGCAGCCUCACAUCCUGGCCGUACAACAUAGCCGUGGUGGACGUUUGGUUCGGGGUUGCUGUCGUCUCCUGUGUACUUAUGCUGCAGUGUGUGCUCAAUACGCAGAAGUCUAUUUCAUGCAUGCACGCACGCGCUAUAAUAAAAUGAGGUGUCGUUGUCGUCGGCGAGGAUACGGUCCUUAGCAGGAGGCCCGCUGCUUGUAACGUUGUAAGAUUAAGCAAUCACCUUAGGCAAGUAAUGCUCUAUUGGUAGAUG